AUAGAAUACGAGGAAAUGACGUUUCACUUUACCUUAAUGGUGUGACCAAAUGAUUGAUUUCUGUUGCCUCUUUAACAUUUAGUUAUACGUGAAGAUUGUUGACAUUGCCCGUUAUUGUGACACCAGAAGUGAAUUUCUUUCUCUUUCAAGACAAUUAUCGAAAAUAUGAAAUUUAAACAUAGAUAAAGUGCCUAAUAAUUUUUAUUAUCUGAUACGUAAACAGGAAAUGUCAUAUCAUCCAAUGUUGUAAUCUGUAACACAAUACAACACUCCGUUCACCCGCUAUGGAGACUUGGGAGGUGAAGAGACUUCAUUUUAUACCCGUAAUUAUGACUUUAUGGGUCCUUAGUGGAAUGCUGAUAUGCUUUCUGGUAGCUCUACGCGAAGGUCACGUGAGUGCCUACGUACCUUUCAUCAGUGAAGCUGGUGGAAAAUUGCCAGAAAGUGGUAUUUUUGGAAUUUUUCUCGCGUUUGGAGCCAUGUUAGGUAUUAUUACCAUUAUCAUUCAAUAUUUCGUCAUUUUCAAGUACAACAGUCGAUAUUCCAAGAAAAUUAACAUUUUAAACAAAAUUGCUUUAUUCGUUGGUUCCGUUUCAUUUUUUGGUAUGAUUAUUGUAGGAGCUUAUUCGAUGUACGGCAUAUUGAAUGCUCAUUUAAUAGGAGCCAGGAUCGUUUUCUAUGGUGCACUAAUCUACGGAUUCCUUCAGAUGUUAAUAUCUUUCUUCCUAUGGCCUAGAGUUUACAGGAUCCCAAUUUUUCAAAUACGCUUCUUGAUUUGUAUUUUGGCACUAAUUUUUCAAAUUGGAAUGAUAAUUAUGUUUCCGCGUGGUAUAUCCCAAUGGAAUUCGAGCCAUCCUCCAUCAGAAAAGGUUCCAGGAGACGACGGUUUCGCAUUGAUUUUAGCAAGUUCUGCAUGCGAAUGGUUGAUGGUGAUUUUAUUCUUAUGUUUCUUAUUAACAUUUGCAAAGGAUUUUAAAAUGAUUUCCUUGAAAAUAUCCAUAUUGAGUAACGAUCAAAAUAAUAGAAACUCUGAAACAACGAGACUGAUCAGCUGACACGUGUAGAUUAUAGGUGUGUAACUAUAGGUGUGUAACUAGUGUUGCCAGCUUUUUCUGGUUACACAUAAAAAAGUGGGAAUGUUAUUGUCAUACCCAUUUACUGUAUAUUCUUCUAUUUAAUAUGGUAGCAACGUAUGAAACAGAUCUAAAACUCUACAGUCCGGGAAAAACCGGACGUUUGGCAACACUAAUAUGAGACUGUAAACUAAAUAAACAUUUUUUCGUGUGUUAUAA